GAGCUUACCAGAUCAAGGAAGAAAUUACGAAGUCAAGGUCGAAAUUGCUGGCACCUCUCUUCUGAGUGGAGAUCUUCAGAGCCCAGGAAUGAGUGUCCACUCAAAGGAUCAUCCAGAAUCAUUGAGCAUUCGACUACAACUGGAAAGCAGAGAACUGAUCAUACACCUGGAAAGAAAUGAAGGUCUCAUUGGGAGCAGCUUCACGGAAACGCACUACCUGCAAGACGGCACUGAUGUCUCCCUCGCCCGCAACUACACCGGCCACUGUUACUACCACGGACACGUGCAAGGCGACGCUGAUUCCACAGUCAGCCUCAGCAUCUGCUCUGGUCUCAGGGGACUUAUUGUGUUUGAAAACCAGACCUACAUCUUAGAGCCAAUGAAAAAUGCCACCAACAGAUGCAAGCUCUUCCCCGCAGAGGACCUGAGUGGCAUCUGGGGGUCGUGUGGAUUGCACCAUAACACCACCCGCCUCCCCACGCCUGCCAUGUCUCCGGCACGCACCCAGAUGCAGGCAAGAAGGCAUAAAAGGGAGACACUCAAGAUGACCAAGUAUGUCGAGCUGGUUAUUGUCGCCGACAACCGAGAGUUUCAGAGGCAAGGAAAAGAUCUGGAAAAAGUUAAGCAGCGUUUAAUAGAGAUCGCUAAUCACGUUGACAAGUUUUACAGACCGCUGAACAUUCGGAUAGUGUUGGUGGGUGUGGAGGUCUGGAAUGACAUUGACAAAUGCUCCAUAAGCCAGGAUCCAUUCUCCAGCCUCCAUGAAUUUCUGGACUGGAGGAAGAUGAAGCUGCUACCUCGCAAAUCCCACGACAAUGCCCAGCUCAUCAGUGGGGUUUAUUUCCAAGGGACCACCAUCGGCAUGGCGCCCAUCAUGAGCAUGUGCACGGCAGAGCAGUCCGGAGGAGUUGUCAUGGACCAUUCAGACAGUCCCCUUGGUGCAGCCGUGACCCUGGCACAUGAGCUGGGCCACAACUUUGGGAUGAACCAUGACACGCUGGAGAGGGGCUGCAGCUGCAAAACGGCUGCCGACAAAGGAGGCUGCAUCAUGAACCCUUCUACCAGGUUCCCGUUUCCCAUGGUGUUCAGCAGCUGCAGCAGGAAGGACCUGGAGACCAGCCUGGACAAAGGCAUGGGGGUAUGCCUCUUCAACCUGCCGGAAAUCAAGCAAGCCUUCGGGGGCCGGAAGUGUGGGAAUGGAUAUGUUGAAGAGGGAGAGGAAUGUGACUGUGGGGAGCCGGAGGAAUGUACCAACCGCUGCUGCAACGCCACCACCUGCACCCUGAAGCCAGAGGCCGUGUGUGCCCACGGGCUGUGUUGUGAAGACUGCCAGCUGAAGCCGGCAGGAACGUCGUGCAGGAGCACCAGCAACUCCUGCGACCUCCCGGAGUUCUGCACAGGAGCCAGUCCUCACUGCCCAGCCAACGUCUACCUGCACGACGGGCACCCGUGCCAGGGAGUGGACGGCUACUGCUACAAUGGCGUCUGCCAGACCCACGAGCAGCAGUGCGUCACCCUCUGGGGCCCAGGUGCUAAGCCUGCCCCCGGGAUCUGCUUUGAGAGAGUCAACUCUGCAGGGGAUCCCUAUGGUAACUGUGGUAAAGAUGCCAAGAGCGUAUUCACCAAAUGCGAGAUGAGAGAUGUUAAAUGUGGGAAAAUCCAGUGCCAAGGAGGUGCCAGCCGACCAGUCAUUGGUACCAAUGCGGUUUCCAUAGAAACAAAUAUCCCACUGCAGGAAGGAGGUCGGAUUCUGUGCCGGGGGACCCAUGUGUACCUGGGCGAUGACAUGCCCGACCCCGGCCUUGUGCUCGCAGGGACCAAGUGCGCAGAUGGAAAAAUCUGCCUCAACCGGCGAUGCCAGAACGUCAGCGUCUUCGGCGUUCACGAGUGCGCCAUGCAGUGCCACGGCCGGGGAGUCUGCAACAACAGGAAGAGCUGCCACUGCGAGGCGCGCUGGGCGCCUCCCUUCUGUGACAAGUUUGGCUUUGGCGGAAGCACAGACAGCGGCCCCACCCGGCAAGCAGAUCACCAAGGCCUGGCCCUGGGAGUCCUGCUGAGUGUCCUGUGUCUCCUCACUGCUGGCUUUGUGGUUUAUCUCAAGAGGAAGGCCCUGAUCCGAGUGCUGUUCACACAUAAGAAAACAGCCAUGGAGAAGCUGAGGGGUGUGCGCCCCUCCCGGCCGGCCAACGGCUCCCAUCCUGGACAGGCUCACCCCGCCCACCUCGGGAAAGGCCCGGUCAGCAGGCCACCCUGCUCCAGAACUUCCAAGGACAAGAGAUGGCCACCGUGUCUGGGUGCUGACGUCAGCAGAGCCCUCCACACCCGAGCCGCGCCUCGGCCACCAUCUCCUCAGCGAGUGCUCCUGCCCCUGCCCCUGCGCCAGGCCCCACGCGUGCCCAGUGGCCCCGCCAGACCCCUGCCUGCACAUCCCGGACUCAAGCACACCCAGGGACCCUGUAAGCCAAGCCCCCCUCAGAAGCCUCUGCCGGCCAAUCCUUUGAGCAGAGCACCCCGGCUCACCAGCACCACCGCAGCCUCGGUAGCCAGGACCCCAGGCCAGCAGGAGCCUGGGCCCCGCCCAGCCCCCACCAGACCUGCUCCCAAGUAUCCACCCCAAGUGUCCAGAGGCACCCGCUUUGCCUAUGUGAAGUGAGCAACAGGCCCACCGACACCU